AACCUGACCUGGGGCGAUUUUUUCGCGUGCGGUACGCGUCGUAUCGGGGGCUCAGUCGUAAAAUCGAACGUGCCGUGUACGGUGAAAGCCCCUGUGUCGUGCUGCACGGGUGUAACGCUAUCCAGGCUGUGCUGUGAGGCUUUCCAACGUCUGGAUGCUGUUGGUGAUGCAUUAGCUUAUGGAACACUUCGCGACCGGAAAGACUUUAAUUGGGUGGACAUUAAAUCUGGUGCCGCAAUGAUGUCUUACCGACACAGCAUUGCUACCACGGCUAGUGACGAAGGGUCCUGCGAUGCGAACAACAACAAUCUGCUCAGCGCCGACAAUUUGCUUCGGUUGGCGCUGAAGAAACCGAAGAGCUGGAAGUGGGAACUCACCACGUCCAGUUCCUCACCCAACAUAAGCUUUCCAAAGAUACAGCUGUACGAUGGUGUUAGCGGCGAGCUGAUGGUAGAAGUCGAUCAACCAGACUGUGUCAUCCGUUCUGACGGUUCCGAUGUUGGACGAGUGCCUGCCGAGCAAUCGGUACUGCUGCAGAGUAGUAGCAGCUCCAGAGAACUUGACACACGACCGGGACGCUAUCGACGAUCACGCACAUCCUUGGUGAAGGAGAAACUCUCAACGUCCGGUGAGUCGCUAGCUGACAUCUUCAAUCAACUACAAAACAAAGGACUCGGCCACAAGCUGUCAACCAGCGGUUCACAAUACAGACUGAUAAACGGUGCAGACGUGGAGGAUGGACGAGGAUCACUGCAGAAGAGCAAGUCGGCAAAUGCUAUUGGUGUGCCGGAUGCUCCACCAAUCAUACGUCGCAGAUCGCGCCGUUCGUUGGCCAGUCGGUCCAGUUCGAUUCUCGAACGCAUCAGUGAAUUCUACGGCCGUAGCUCAACGGAGGAGGACGACGGACGAGACUUACAGCUGGUGGUUCCGGCCGUUCCACAGCUCGUACUGCCAGCAGCCAGAGAUGAUCCACCAGCGCAGCCAGAUGCAGACGGUGUCACCAUCGAAGAGAUCCCAGCCGAACCAUCAACCACCCCAAUCAAACCACGUCCCAAAAUUUACAAGCUGGUGAGGAGCAACAUCGGUACGCUGAUGGUACGUGAGGAAAGCUUCCAUACCCAGAGUAGCUUAAGAAGACGGCAACGAGAAAAUGGUGAGCUACCGUCAACUGCCCCAGACUCGGAACGGUUGGUAGAGCUAGACGGACGGACUGAACGUCCACGACCGAUGGACAAUGGGGAAGGGGAGCUUUUUAGAUAUGAACGAGAAAUAAACCAUAUCGAUGGUCUCCUCUCGAGGGUGAUGCUAUCGCACGAUCUACAAACGGAAGAUAUUCGUCAGGAUGCGCCGAGCAUACGAAUAUCCCGACCACCAGAAGUAGCGACUCCGGUAAACGGAUCCACUCCAUACCAGAAUGGAACAACCCACCGGAAGCGUCGCUCGAGACGUAGUGUAAGUGUUGGCGCUAGCGUCAACUCACCCCACCGUCGAUCGUUAUCGUCCGAACGUAACCACUCACCAACAAAUCCUUAUCGACCUGGGCAACGUAACGGGCGCCGAUCAGCAUCCAGUUCCUCCACAUCGGACACGGAGCUCGGCCCUAAAAGUGAGGAACACCGCACCGGAAGCUCCUCACGAUCUGGAUCGCAGAAGCGCCGGGGUCGGACGCGCCAUCGCGGUGGACAAUCGAACGACACUCCAGACAGCAGCUCACGUGCAGCGAUCAGUAACGGCGAUCAGCUCAUCAGCCGCACCGGCGAACCCGAAUGUCAACGACAAUCAUUACCUGAGCGAACUGAAUCAUCGUCACAACCGAACUCGUUUACCGGUGGUAAAAACAUCACCGCACCGUGUAAGGGUGAGCCAGUACGUAAACCACCCCAGACGAUAACCUUGUCUCAUGAUGUAUCCGAUCAAGCUGAGUUACGACCGCUAGUGAGUGAACGGGCCGUGAUACGAUCGAAGGGAAAGUCGGGUAGUAACGGUGGAUCAAAUACGACCGUUAGCUCCUUUCUAGCGGACAGCUAUAACGCAUCGGAUAAGGUACUUCAAAAGCUCGUCCAAAGUCUUGGCCGAUCGUUAAACACACGCAAACGCGAUCGUCUGGAGGCGAAGCGAAAAGGUGGCUCAUCCUGGUUGCGGCACGUGCCGGGUUGUUGUUCCGGUUCGGGAAAAUCGGUCUCACCACCGGCCCGGGAUUCGAUCGUGUUGAGAACCGGCACCUGCUUACGCUACCGUAACGAACGUAACCGGUUACCGAGCGUUACUACUGAUAAUCUGCUUGAUCGAAGCACGCCCUCUACCGGGCGGCAAAUAACUUCAACGGACCAGGAAGACGAACGAGCGUUUGGAGGUGAAUACGGUAUAGCCGACGAGCGAUUUUUACCACCAGCGGGAAAUGGAACCUCCGAUCGGUUUAUAUUCGAUCGUUUGCAGCUGGAGUUUCCCGUGGUGGAACCGGCAGUAGAGCUUAUCUGCUAUCAGCAUCACUCUACCGACGAGGACGACGACGACGACGACGACGACAGCUACGACAACGACACCAACGAAUACGAACACGACGAUCCGCGUGAACGAACGUGCGCACUGCAACGCAGUGCCAGUGAACGAACUGAUCGUAAUCGUCGCACCCGUACGAAUAUGGGAGCGAAUGUGUCCUCAUCUGCUCGACAGCAUGCGAAAGGACUUACCAGUGGACGACGGGCCCAAUCAAUAGAUAAUCUGAAGUCGGACACCACCCAAUACUUUCAUCAGUACCAUAACAAUAACAACGGCGAUACGUUCCAUCAUCAAACCUUUCUCGCUGAUACUGCCGGAAGUAAUGCUGAUGGCGAGGGAUUGGAGAAGCAACCACCACCACCGGAUUUGGCCUGUCUGCCCGGUACCGGUCAGAUACCUCCCGAGCAACAGCAGCAGCAGCAACAGCAAGAUCACGUCAUCUACGUUAGCCGAAAGGAUCGUAACAAAUUCUGUGGCAGUUUGCCGAACCAUCUCGACUUGGAUGCGUCCACCAUCGAUCGGGACUGUGAAGCCAUCGUUAAGCAGAACGAAUUUCUUCAGGCGAAUCUGAAAAACGUACAACAGCACCAGCAGCAGCAGCAGCAAACUGCAACACGAACGGGUUGCAAUCAAACGGGCGGCCCAAAUCCAUCACCACCGAACGGUUCCCAGCAACAGCUGACCUUCGGUGGUAGCGUCCCGGUCGAUCAUACAACGGCUGGUUCGCAACAACAGCUGCAGAAUUUGCCUCCGCAGUUACCAACAUAUCAGCAGCAUCAAGGUUCACCAUUGCAUUGUUCCAGUACUGCAACGCAGGGUCCACCGAACACUUCCGGGCCGGGUGGCGUUGGGCUGGUCGAUGGUGUAGGAGGCAGUACAUUCCGAUCAUCAGAAGCGUGUGGUAGCGGUCAGCAACAGCAGGUUGGUACGAUUGCUGCAAAUCUCCAGCUAAAGCUACCACUGCACCGGACGGCGAUCGAUGCUGGAUGCGAUCAGGGAUAUGGUAGCGAACGAUCGCCGGAGGACGAUCUACCACCACCAUUGCUGCUGAUGCACGAAACGCAGUACAUCGAGAUAUUGGCCUCAUCUUCCUCUAGCAUCGGCAGUACGGCACCAUGUCAGCAGCUUCCGGUGGAGUGCGUCGGUUCGUCCAAUGCCGCACUGCAACAGGGUGAACAACAGCACACGCAACCGUGCUGGACGCACAGCACCAAUACCGGUCAGCUCGUCGUCGGGCCGUACAGUUUCAUUACCAAAGAUUCCAUAUUCUUCGUCCAGGUGUCUAAGGGUUCGCGAGGACUCGGCUUUUCGGUGUCGGGUGGAACCGAUUCGUCCGCACCGUAUCCGGGUCUGAUACGUAUCAAACGGCUCUUUCCACAUCAGGCAGCAUGGGCGACGGGGAUGCUCCAACCGGGAGAUAUUCUUCUUGAGGCGAACGGUGUCCCACUAACAGGUCUCACAAACUACCUUGCCCUGGAAGUGUUGCGCAAAGCGACAAACGUCGUAACGCUCACCGUUUGCCGACCGAAGGACGAGCAGUAUAGGAAACUAUCACCUCCGACUGAACCACCGAGACCACCGUUACGGAAUGCACUCUCGUACGAGCAGGGUCAGGGAUCGAACUCGGUACCUCAGUCACCGCUUCCAGCUGGCAUUCCAUUUCAGCAUCAGCAACAGCAAAUCCAUCAUUUCUUCCCUCCGCCGAAUGCUAGGAAUCCGCAGCUGCAGACAGUGGGUGGCUAUCUGCCCUCACUCGAUCCAAUGCAAACCAGCUUCAGUGGGGAAUUCGAAAUCGUACUGACGAAGCAGCAGGGUUCGCUUGGGUUCACGCUGCGCAAGGAGGAUGAAUCCGUGCUGGGUCACUACGUGCGGGCAUUGGUACGUGAGCCAGCGCUUAGUGAUGGGCGUAUUCGGCCCGGUGACAAGAUAGUCGCCGUCAACGAUGUGCCGGUUUCGUCCAUGUCCCACGAGGAGGCUGUGAUAUUUCUACGUCAGGCAGCGGACGUCGUACGGUUGCGGUUGUACCGCGAUCAGGCCCAAACGCCGCUAUCCGCCCAUUCGCCCAUCGAGUCGAGCUUAAGGGGCCGGACGCGUUUGCUGCUACGUCCGGAAGCAAUCAAUCUGCUGACCGAUCUUGCCGCCAACCGGUUCCAUCGGGCUGCCGCCGGUUCCGGAUCGUCGGUCGCUUCGAGCCAUACGAACUCUCCGCGCCGUUUGCGUCGUGUCGGUGCACAUCAAGCCGGCUUCGACAAUCAUGGUUUCCAGCAGCAGCAACAGCAUUCCAACGACACGUUCAAUUAUUCCGACAGUUGUUCCAAUGCAUCCACUAUCGUCAGCCAAGCCGUGGACGAUCUGGAUGAUGCGUACUACUGCGAUGAGGAGAUCGAUGCGAUCGUCGCCAGCGAAGACAGAACGUCCGGCGGCGAAGAACACGGACCACGACCGCGCCCUACAUUCCUAGAUCUCGAGGCAGGCACCCGUUUUCAGCUCGGUAGCGGUGGUACCACCGUACAGCAGCUGAACAAUCUCGAUCGUGACACGCUGAACGCACCGUUACGGUACGGUUUGGGUGGUGGCGCCGGUACGCCCGGCCUGGCCGGUCCGGAUCCCGACGGCGCUAACUUUGUCAGUCUGCCGUGUGAAACGUUUCUGGUGGCGUGCAAAACCGAACAAGAUCUGCAACAAGCAGGUGACCAAACGGAGGCGAUCUACGUCCAGCACUUUGCCCACAAAUCGCCCCUCUAUUCGUCGGUCAAUGUACCGGCCCGUGUCGGUGCGGCCGAGCUGGUGGAUGCAGUCGAACGUGGAGGCAAGAAAAGUUUAAUGAAAUGGAAGGGAGCGACACUGUUGGGUGAUGAAGAAGAGCAGCAUGAACCACUGAAAGCGGCCGAUCUUGUACAGGAACAGCAAGACACGCUUGUAACACCGGAUGCGGAUGAUUCUAGUCUGGCAGCUACGGCUGGUACAACGCUCAGCACGGCCACACCAACGACCGAACGCGAACUGUUCGAUCUGAAUGCGAGCUGUGGCACGGACAGUGAAGGAAAUCAGAUUUUCACUGUGGAGCUAAACAAAGGCUGGAACAGUCGACUCGGAUUCAGUCUGAAGCAGGAUACGGGCGCUAAUGGUUCCAUCCGUACCGUCAUCAGUGCUAUCUAUCGCGACAGUGUUGCGGCACGCGACGGCCGACUGCGCGUGGGUGACGUACUGAUCAUGGUUAAUGAAGAGUCGGUCGAAGCAGUACCAACGGCACAAGUGAUUGAGUUGAUGCGCAUUGUACGUGGCGCCAUCUUCAUCACACUGUUACGACCGUCCGGUGCUGGCGGUGCUGAAGGAACGCUAGAACCAACGCCGGAAGAACCAACCUCGGUUGAACCGUCCGGUAAUGUCACUCCGGUACUCUCGAGCGAUUACGUGGCUGUUGGUAAUAGAGAUGCUUCUAAUGUCACCUCCAGUACAGUGAAGAAGCAGGAGGAAACAAGCGAUCCUACUGAAGUCAGUACGGAGGGCCAGUAGAUGAAAAGUGGGACCCUGAAAGCGAAGCGAAACGAUGUGAUGGUUUCUUUGAUUUACGUUUGCGACUAGGCAGGCGUGUAGAUGAGAAUAAAGCGCUGCGUAGACGGCAGAUACGAGCAAGAAGAGUUAAAAAGAAAAAAAAACCACAGAGUGGUUCUGUUUGUACUUUUACGUUAGAACGUAACAGGUGAUUUUAGAGUGUCAUACGCGAAACAGUGAGACAGAGAGAAAGAGCAAAAGGGUGGGCAGAAGAUGGCGAUAAUGUAGCGAAAAAAUACGAGAACAUAUAUGUUGUAUGUAAGGGGUUAUUCAUUCCGUACCGGAGCCAUAAGCUUCAUUUCCAAAGAUAAAAUGCCAGAGAGAGAGAGAGGAAGGUAUAGAGAGAGAUAAAGAGAGAAAAGAGUGAGGAGAAUAAGAAAAGAGAAAAUGAAACAUUAAACAAUACAAAAAAAGGAAACAACUAAAGAAAAACUGCAUGAUAUAAACACUCCUAGUGAACAUCUGAACAUCGAUCCAUGCCAGGAUUGAACCGAUAGUUCCAUUUAAACCAACUCUAGUAAAAACAAAAAAACAAAUGAACGAUGAUCUAAUUAGCAUUAGUCUCGAAGAUGACUGUAAUCAAAUGUAAUCAGAGCUAGUAAUUUUAAUCCUCCACCUACCCCUUCCUCAAUUCCUUUUCCACGAAACCUUCCACGUGUCGUUUUACAACUUUACAACACGAAGUGAAUAGAAAAAAAGACGAAGAAAUUAAGAUAGAGAGAGAGAGAGCGGUAAAUAAGAAGUUGUUAAUGUCUUUUCAAUCCAUUCUGCCACUGCCUUUUCCGUAACCAGCGUGUCUAGGAAAGGAAACCUUAAUCCCCCUACCCAACCCAAACUCCAACCUUUUUUCCCCACUUUUCCUCCCUUCCAAUCCCAUCACACCUCACGAUCGUUGGAGUAUUUUAAAUGUUGUUAGUGUAGCCAAUGCGCAAAAUACAAGAAGACAAAACAAGAAACAAAAAAUGGAAACAAUCCAAAUAGAAGAAAAACGAGCUGUGUUGGUGACGUUCAGGGCUGCUGCGACAAUUUCUGGUAGAGCAGCUGCCGGCGUGAAUGGAAGUCUAAAUAAAGAUCAUGUUUGUACUUUAA